AUGACGGGGAUUUCAGCGAAGGAGGCAGAGGAGCCUCAGCAGCAGCAGCAGCAGCAGGAGCAGCAGGAGCAGCAGCAGCAGCAGCAGCAGGAGCAGCAGCAGCAGGAAGAGGAGGAGGAGCAGCAGCAGCAGCAGCAGCUGCAGCAGCAGCUGGAUGAAUUAGAAUGCCUGCUGCAGCAGCAACGAGCAGAAGCAGCAAGACUAAAUGAGGAGGCUCGUUCUAUACGUCAGCAGCAGGGUGUGAAUUGUGCUGCUGCUGCUGCUGCUGCAGCAGCAGUAUUAGCAGCAAGAGAGAAACUGCAGCAGCUAGAGCAGCAGCAGCAGCAGCUGCUGCAGCAGCAAGAAGGAUACAAAGAACCUGACUUUAUUAAAUAUAAACAGCAAUGUGAUAAUUUAAUAAAAAGAAAAUUUUUUGUUGCUCCAGCAUUUGAGAUAUAUGGAGGGUCUGGGGGUUUGUAUGACUUCGGGCCCCCAGGGUGUUUAUUAAAACAACAAGUAGAGAAUCUAUGGCGCUCUCAUUUUGUUGUUGCCGAAGAUAUGCUCGAGAUAUCGGGCCCCUGCUUAACCCCCCAUGUUGUCCUUAAAACUUCAGGGCAUGUAGAUAGAUUUACAGAUUUGAUGGGCAUGUAG